AUGACAGACUCAACAUCAAAUACCAAACCCCAAGACCCAGAAAAGUCCAUCCCAGUCACAACAAAAGUAGACGACGUCGACAUUGGCCAAAUCACCCACCUAGACGAAGCCGAGAUCUUCCUCCACGAACAUGGUAUAUCCCACGACCAGAUGCAAGAGAUGCUCGACGAUCCAGUCAGGACGAAGAAACUACGGAGACGAAUCGACAUGAUUCUUCUGCCGUUGAUGUGCGGGACAUACUGUUUACAAUACAUCGAUAAACAGGCUCUCUCGUACAGCGCCGUCUUCGACCUCUUCACCAAUGCCCAUAUCAACAGUAACGAGUAUAGCUGGCUAGCGAGUAUAUUCUACUUCGGCUACCUCUUCUGGGAAUACCCGGCUAGCUACAUCGCACAACGCCUACCCAUCGGGACAGUCGUCUCAUCCUUCGUCAUCGCCUGGGGCUCCAUCCUCAUGAUAACAGCUGCCUGCAACAACUUCACCGGCCUAGCCAUCUGUCGAUUCCUCCUAGGCUGCUUCGAAUCCCCCAUAACACCCUGCUUCAUGAUGAUCGUCGGAAUGUGGUACCUCCGACAAGAGCAGCCUUUCCGCGCGGGAAUAUUCUACUGCUGUAAUGGCGUUGGAUCGAUGGUCGGCGGCCUCCUCACCUACGCCAUCGGCCAACUCAACACCUUCCCCGUAUGGCGCGCGGUAUUCCUCAUCUGCGGCGGAGCCACAAUCAUCUGGGGCGUGGUGAUGAUGAUAUUCCUCCCGAACAGCAUUCUCUCAAGCAAGAGAUUCACCGUGGAGGAGAAGGUGUUGCUUAUCGGCAGGGGGAGGAAGAAUCAAACUGGAAUACUCAACCGCUCGAUAAAAUUAUACCAAAUCCGCGAAGCCUUCCUGGACCCCCAAGUCUGGCUAUUAUUCCUAUUCACAUUACUCAACGAGACGAUCAACGGGGGAGUAGCUAACUUCGGCAAACUCAUAAUCAAAGGCCUCGUAACCAGCCCCCUCCUCACCACCGUCCUCGGCAUCCCCCAAGGGGCAUUCCAAGUCCUCUUCAUCCUAUCGGGAACCUACCUAUCAACGCGUAUCCCCAACAUCCGCACCUUCAUCAUGAUCGCAUAUCUAAUCCCGACUGUGAUCGGCGUAUGUCUUUUAUGGAAGUUACCCCGGGAGAGAGAAUAUGGCGUGUUAUUUGGGUAUUAUAUCAUCGGCUCCUUCGUAACCUCCCUCGUCCUGGCCCUCCAACUCCCCUCCAGCAACAUGGGCGGAUACACGAAGCGCGUAACCGCCACGGCAUUCGUGUUCCUGGCAUACUGUAUUGGGAAUAUUAUCGGUCCGCAUGCUUUCCUGGCGAGUGAGGCGCCGGUGUAUCAGACGGGGUGUAAGUUGAUUCUUGCGUGUGCGGUGUGUCAGAUUGUUUGUGCGGGAGGGAUUAGAUUAUUAUUGAUCCGGAGGAAUAAGAUGAGGGAGAUGAGUAGUACUACUAGUAGUACUACUGUUGAUGGUGGUGGGGAGGGGGUUAUGGAGGAUUUGACGGAUUUUGAGAAUCCGAGGUUUAGGUAUGUUUAUUAA